UGUGUGAUUCUCCUGCAAUCGCCGGCGAUGAUUCCUCUAACUCUUUCUUCGCCGUCUCUGAAUCGGCUCGUUUUGCUCUCCUCACGUUACUCUCACUCUCCCUUUCUCCGAAACUUCAAAUCUCUCCCUUUGAGCCACCGGAAAUUACCGUACAUACCUCCUUUUGGCGUAAGGUGCCAUGUCAGUAGCAGCAGUUCUUCGUCCUUCACGGCAAAGUCUUCUAAAGAGAUUCGUAAAGCUCAAACCAAAGUAGUCGUUGACGAGAAGCUUAGCUCAAUCCGGCGGGUGUUUUCUGAUCCGGGUGUUGGAAUCGAUGCUUAUAUCGUACCUUCACAAGAUGCACAUCAGAGCGAGUUCAUCGCAGAGUGCUAUGCGAGGAGGGCUUAUAUAUCAGGAUUUACUGGAAGUGCUGGUACCGCUGUUGUCACUAAGGAUAAGGCAGCUCUAUGGACAGAUGGCCGCUAUUUUCUUCAGGCGGAGAAGCAAUUAAACUCUAGUUGGAUUCUCAUGCGGGCUGGUAAUCCGGGAGUCCCUUCGGCAAGUGAAUGGGUAGCUGAUGUUUUGGCUCCUGGUGGAAGAGUUGGUAUUGACCCUUUCCUUUUUUCCGCUGAUGCUGCUGAGGAAUUGAAGGAGGUUAUAGCAAAGAAGAAUCAUGAGUUGGUUUACUUGUACAAUGUAAACCUUGUGGAUGAGAUAUGGAAGGACUCAAGGCCAAAGCCUCCAAGCAAACAAAUAAGGAUACAUGACUUGAAGCAUGCUGGUAUAGAUGUGGCCUCAAAAUUGUUGUCUCUGAGGAAUCAAAUUAUGGAUGCUGGCGCAUCUGCCAUUGUGAUAUCCAUGCUUGAUGAGAUUGCAUGGGUGCUAAAUCUGAGAGGGAGCGAUGUUCCACAUUCACCUGUAAUGUAUGCAUAUCUGAUUGUAGAGGUUGACCAAGCCCAACUCUUCGUGAAUAAUUCUAAAGUAACGGCAGAGGUGAAAGAUCAUUUGAAAAACGCAGGGAUAGAAGUUAGACCUUACGAUUCCAUUCUUCAAGAAAUAGAUAGUCUGGCAGGACGUGGGGCUCAGCUCUUGAUGGAUCCUUCAACCCUCAACGUAGCAAUCAUUAGUACGUACAAAUCUGCGUGUGAAAGAUAUUCGAGAAAAUCUGAAAGCGAGGGAAAACCUAAGACAAAGUUUACUGAUAGCUCCAGCGGAGAUAUACCGAAUUCCUCUGGCAUUUACAUGCAAUCUCCUAUUUCUUGGGCAAAAGCCAUUAAAAAUGAUGCCGAGCUACAGGGAAUGAAGAACUCUCACUUGAGAGAUGCUGCUGCUCUAGCUCAUUUCUGGGCUUGGCUGGAAAAAGAAGUGCAUACUAAUGCGAACCUAACAGAGGUCGAUGUGGCAGACAGGCUUCUUGAAUUUCGUUCACUGCAAGAUGGAUUUAUGGAUACAAGCUUUGAUACAAUAAGUGGUUCCGGUGCAAAUGGUGCUAUUAUACAUUAUAAACCCGAGCCAGAGAGCUGCAGUCGCGUAGACCCUCAAAAACUUUUCUUGCUGGAUAGUGGCGCUCAAUAUGUUGAUGGAACAACAGACAUCACUAGAACAGUACAUUUUAGUGAACCUUCUGCCCGAGAGAAAGAAUGUUUCACUCGAGUUUUGCAGGGUCAUAUAGCUCUUGAUCAAGCAGUGUUCCCAGAAGGUACUCCUGGUUUUGUAUUGGAUGGGUUUGCACGCUCUUCUCUCUGGAAAAUUGGACUUGAUUACCGCCAUGGGACAGGACACGGCGUAGGUGCUGCACUCAAUGUGCAUGAAGGUCCUCAAAGUAUUAGCUUUCGGUAUGGAAACAUGACCCCUCUUCAGAAUGGCAUGAUAGUAAGCAACGAACCUGGAUAUUAUGAAGACCAUGCAUUUGGAAUCCGAAUUGAGAAUCUCCUUCAUGUGAAAGAUGCUGAAACACCAAACCGCUUUGGUGGGGCUACAUACCUUGGAUUUGAGAAGCUUACAUUCUUCCCUAUUCAGUUAAAAAUGGUUGAUGUUUCUUUGCUAUCUGAUACUGAGAUUGAAUGGCUUAAUAGUUACCACACGGAAGUCUGGGAAAAGGUCUCACCAUUAUUGGAAGGUUCUACUACUCAGCAGUGGCUCUGGAACAACACAAGACCGUUAGCCAAACCGUGAUUAGAACCGCCAAGUGUUAUUUCUACUUGCAAACUUAAGACUUGAUCUACCAAAACUACUCCUUUUAUUUGAUCGUGCGUGUAAAUUACAAACAGAGAAUAUGAUCCAGCGUAUUUCCUGUA